AUGAAAAUUUUCAGUUUUCUUAAAAGUGUAAGGGGAAGCAGUAUUGUAAGACCAGGAACUUCAACCACAUGCAGUGAUACACUACAAUCUGAAAGAGAUGAAACGGAUUUCAACUCUGCGGCCCAAAAACAACUGGAGUCUGUUGAACAAUCUGCUCUUGAAAAAACGGAUAUGUAUGUUUGUGACAAAGAGUGCACCCACUCCUCGUAUUCGGAGAAGAGACGAGUUGGUGAGAAAUAUAUUCCGAUAAUGGUGAUACCCCCCCCCCCCCCCCCGACACUGCUAUGCAGCCUGAGCCCUUUUCCCUAA